CGGUAUGCGAGAGGAGGACGUGCAACCCACCUUCUCACGCUCACGCGCACGCGACCCCACGCAAACAAACAAACCCUAAUUCCCAAGACCAGCUCCCACCUUUCUCGUUCAUUUCUCAUUUUGUCAAACACACAGACAGAGAGAUUUGAGAAACCCAAAAACCUUCCUUCCCUGAAACUUAACACACCCACCACACUGAUCAUACUCUCACACGCACGCACCCAAAUCAAACACCGAAAAAAAGCCCAAGAAUUAGCUUCUCUCUUUUUCUUAUUCAUCAGCUUUUCGCCUUUCUUUGAGUUCUUUACAUUUCUGUUGCGCUUCACUCUGCUUGCUUUUGUAAAGAUGGAUCGCUCUUCUAGCUCAAGCUAGCUCUGGGUACUUGCUUAUUUACCCAAAAACAUCUUGAUCUUUCUAUGAUAAGGGAGUUUGGAUUCAGAUUCAAACAAGAAUAUAUUUCUAGCUAUCAUCUGGGUACUUUUGUUUUUGUAUAUAUAAAUAUAUAUAUACCAUCUGCUCUCUUUUGUAUAUAUAUUAUACCACCUGCUCUCUUUGUGCUUGUGCUUGAGUUGAAAUCAUGGCGAACCGGUGGUGGGCCGGGCAGGUGAGUCUACCGGGGCUGGAAACAUCGGCCAGUUCAUCUCCAAUGAAAAAACCAGAUCUGGGGAUAUCCAUGAACGACAACAGUGGAACCGGGAACAGCGGAGGUGGAAACGAAGAAGAAGAUGAAAGAGAGAACAGCGACGAGCCCAGAGAAGGCGGGCUCGAAGUAGCCACGCGGCGACCCAGAGGCCGUCCACCUGGCUCCAAAAACAAGCCGAAACCGCCGAUAUUUGUCACCCGAGACAGCCCUAAUGCGCUGCGAAGCCAUGUCAUGGAAAUAACAAACGGCGCUGAUGUGGCCGAUAGCGUGGCUCAGUUCGCCAGAAGGCGCCAGAGGGGGGUCUGCGUGCUCAGCGGAAGCGGAACCGUCACCAACGUUUCGCUCCGCCAGCCUUCCGCGCCUGCCGCGGUCAUGGCGCUCCACGGCCGCUUCGAGAUUCUCUCACUCACGGGUUCGUUUCUGCCCGGGCCGGCACCGCCUGGGUCGACCGGACUGACCAUCUAUCUGGCUGGCGGACAAGGGCAGGUGGUGGGCGGCAGCGUCGUCGGUCCUCUCGUGGCGUCUGGGUCAGUCAUGGUGAUGGCCGCCACGUUCUCCAAUGCUACGUACGAGAGGUUGCCCUUGGAGGAUGAAGAGGAAGGCGGUGGCCCCGCCGUGCAGGGAGCAGUGGCGGGUGGAAGCUCGCCUCCGGAGAUUGGCGGAGGUGGAAUGGGUGAGGCUUCAUCGAUGCCUGUCUAUAACAACUUGCCUCCGAAUCUGGUUCCCAACGGUGCGCAGUUGAACCACGACGCUUAUUCUUCUUGGUCUCAUGGCCGGCCACAGUUUUAGAGGUUGUCAAGAGAGAGAUCGAUCGAUAUAUAUAUCUUGUCAUGAUUGUGUGUGUGUUGUUCUCAGAGAGAAAAACUGAGAAUUUCAUGGAUUACAUAUAUUGCAUAUUUCUAUGGGACUAUGUUUUCUCUU